AGGACCUAAGACGUGAAAGACAGAGCCGUGUGGACCGAGCUGAGGGUGAGGAGCUGUAAGGGACAAACUGCUGCACAGGUUCAGGAUGGAUGAUAUAGCAAAGAAUGAGACAAGUUUCUACUCCAACGCUGAAGGCUACUGGAAGGAUGUGCCUCCUACAGUGGAUGGGAUGCUUGGUGGCUAUGGCAGCAUCUCUAGCAUCGAUAUAAAUGGAUCUAAAGCUUUCCUACAGAAAUAUCUUGGAGAAGGAGAAGGUAAGACAAGUGCCGGCUGUGCCCUUGACUGUGGAGCAGGCAUUGGAAGAAUCACCAAGCGCGUCUUGUUACCUCUUUUUAAAACUGUGGACUUGGUGGAUGUGACACAGGAGUUUCUGGACAAAGCCAAAACAUAUCUCGGAGAGGACUGUAAAAGAGUGGGGAACUAUUUCUGCUGUGGCUUACAAGACUUUGUACCAGAGAGUGGACGAUAUGAUGUGAUAUGGAUUCAGUGGGUAAUUGGACACCUUACAGACAACCAUCUGGUGGAGUUUCUGCAGCGCUGCAAGAAGGCUCUGCGGCCUAACGGGCUGAUUGUAAUCAAGGACAAUGUGUCUUAUGAGGGGGUGGUCCCUGAUGAAGUGGACAGCAGUGUUUGUAGGGAUCUUGACAUAGUCCGGAGUCUAGUGAGAAGAGCUGGUCUACAGAUUAUCCAUGAGGAACAGCAAAUGAACCUCCCAAAAGAGAUCUACCAGGUCCACACAUUAGCACUAAGAUGAUAGGUUUUCAUAUAUUUUCUGACCGUUCUAAUAGAAUAGAAUGAAAAGUGCAUCACUGUCUUCUGAGCAUUGUUUCCUCAGUGGUGUUAAGUUUACAUGCCCACUUUCUACAAACUCCUGUACCUUGUUCACUUUGUGUUGAAACGGCAAACAAAGUUUUUAAGAAAAUAAUUUUUGCCUGACCUAUUAAGUAUUCCUUCAAAAAGAGUAGUUAAUGUGUAAUGUUCAGUGUAAUGUUCAUUUUGAGCAUUCUGAUAGUGGACAUUAUUAACUAGGAAUAUUAAAAUGUACCUUGUUUUCUAAAGAUGGGUUUUAAUAUACAAGACUAUAUUGAUGAUUAUAAAGCCGAUCAACCAACUGUUUUAUGGACUUUUGCAUUUACUGUACAUCAUUGUUUAUUUUUAGAAAAUUUGAGGAAAUACCAAAGCCUAUAACUUAUUAUAAAACAAUAAAGAAUAUUUGGUUAUCCAUGG